UCUAUAUUUUCGUUUUUUCUCUUUACGUAUAGCACUUGAGUUCCUCGAUUCCUAUUAGCCCUCCUCCGCCUUUCGCCGUCUUCUUCCGCGUCACCCUCCUCCCUCCAUUUCCCUCUAUCGGGUCUGUGUUGUGCUCCAAAUGUCUAUUGAUUCUUGUGAGAAGCAUCGAUUCUUUGUUCGGGGUUCUUUCUUUUUCAUGAAUCAGGGAAGGUUGUGGUGUGCACUGAAGAUCUUAUUUCGGCAUUGGACUUGACAAUUAGUUGACUGCAGUGUGCAAGGGAGGUGAGGGACUUUGGGACUGGUGCUUAUACUAGUUUUCUGUUUCCUAAGGAGUAGUUAACAAACUUAGCUCUUUCAUUUUCUUUUGCUUAUUUUUUUGGAUCACAGACAAUACUGUUGUCAGUUGGUAUUUCCCUUCUCAACGAACUUUAGAUUCUUUUUCUUUUUCUUUUUUUGGGGGGAGGGAGGGUCAUUUACUUCACUCAGCUGCGUGGUGUUCUUUCGCCAUUACUGUAUGGCAAAUACAACCCUUCCUCCAGGAUUUCGCUUUCAUCCAACUGAUGAAGAGCUGAUCAUGUACUACCUAAAGCGCAAGGUCACAGGAAGAAAACUUCAUUCUGAAGCUAAGCGUGCUAUACCAGAGCUCAAUAUUCGUCUUUAUGCCCCAUGGGAGCUUCCUGGAAAAUCUAGAAGUAAAGAUCUUGAGUGGUAUUUCUUUUGUCCAAUAGAAAAGAAGUAUGCAAGUGGGUCUAGAAUGAAGCGGGCAAAUGAGACUGGUUUCUGGAAAGCCACAGGGAAUGAUAGAACUGUUACUUAUAAAGGACGAACUGUUGGAAAGAUUAAAACUUUAAUUUUCCACCAAGGUCAUGCGGGCAAAGGGAUAAGAACAGAUUGGGUUAUACAUGAGUACCGGAUGGAGGACAAGCAUUUGGCAGAUGCAAGAAUUGUUCAGGAUUCAUAUGUGAUCUGUAAAGUAUUUGAGAAGACUGGAUCUGGCCCCAAAAAUGGCUCACAGUAUGGAAGGCCAUUUAUUGAGGAAGAUUGGGAUAAUGAUGAUGUAUGUGCUGAACCAGAUCUUUCUGGUGUAUCUCCUGCUAUGCCUGCACCUACUGAUUGCCAAAGCUGCCCGGUCGGCAUAGAGAGCACUUCUAAUUUUACUUUGGUUGAACCAGGUCCAUCCUCUGCUGAACCUGGUUCAUCUUUGGCUGAACCUCAUAUUAAUGAGCUUCCGGAAGAUGCUGAUAUGAUUGAGUUGUUGUGCCCAUUUUUUAUGGAAGAGAAUGGCUUGCUACCAAUUGAGAGUAACAAUAAUAAGAAUAUGAGUGAUCUUAACCAAGCAAGAUCUGUAGAGAUAGCAGCAUGUAAUGAUGGAGAUGAUAUCUAUAAUGGCCUAGGAGGUUUGGAUAACUUGCCAACGCUUGAUGAAGACGGAUUUUGUAAUACCCGAAAUCCAUGGGAAGAGACUACUGCAUACUAUGGUGACAGUGAUGCAUAUAUUAACCAAGCAAGAAGUGUAGAAGUAUCAGAGUGUAAUGAUGGAGAUGAUAUGUUCAACAUCUUAGGAUACCUGGGUAACUUGCCAACAACUGGUGAAGACGGAUUUCCUAAUAUGACUAUGGCUGCUGCUGCUGGAUAUGUGGAGCUUGAUGAUCUUUUGAAGCCAUUAGAUGAAUCAAAUUGUGGUAGUGAAACUCAGCACUUGUAUCCAUUUUACAAUAAUGUGGAACAGUCCCAUAUUAGAGGCAAUACUACUAGUGGCAGUAAUCCAGUGGCAGCCGAGGAAAACAUCCAUCCAAAACCAAAAGGAUACAAUUCAUGGUGAAUGCUGACAGUUGGGAGUGAUGGAGCAGGCAGAUUGAUGGUUGAUAACCAAUUAAGUUACAUUGAUGAAGAGCAACGUUGUGAUUUUUGUUUAUAGAUUGCUGGCUGGCUGGCUGGCUUUGUGUUUUAAGUUUGAACCAUAUUCCAUUUUCUUUCACUUCAGACUUGAAUUGGUGUAUGUACAUAAUUUGUAUCUUCUUGUCAUGGAUUUAAACCAAACCGAACCAGUUGAUUUUAUAAAACAACAAAGUUAUUAUUAUUA